CACGCGCGGCUAGUGUUGGCUGUGACUUGCAUUAGACCAUAGCCCUCGCUCCCCAUUUAACUUUCUACUAAAUCACAAUCGUUUUCUUCUUUCAUUUUCCCGGACACCCACACCCAAUACCCCUUCUUUUCAUCUUCACUUGUUAUCUUCAACAAAUCCAUGGACACCAUUAGCACUAGCAGCACAAACUCAGUGAUUAGCUCUCUACAACAAAAGACACCAGCAAAAAUAACCAAACCCAAAAAGAAAAACAACAAACCCAUCAAGGUAGUUUAUAUUUCUAACCCUAUGAAGGUUAACACCAGUGCUUCUGACUUUAUGGCACUGGUCCAAGAACUCACGGGCCAGUAUGCUGAAUCGCCUCCGGAUCCUUCAAAAUUUCAGGAGUUCGUCGGCGAUAAUAGCGUUGCUGACCCUGGAUUGGAGAAUAUUAGAAUGGGCUGUGAUACAUAUGAUCACACAGUUGUGACAGUGCCUCCUCUGGUGGAUUCUGAUGAACAAGUGGUGAAAGCUGGUGGAGGAUGCUCAUAUGAGGGUUUUGAGGAAGAUGUACUUUUAACUCCUCAGAUGGUGGAGAACAUUUGGGAUCUGCUUCCAACAAGUGCAUUUUAUGAACCUUUUCAACUUGAUACCUAUUGAUUCUGUUGCUGCAGUGUAAUUAUAUAUAUAUUAGUUGGUAAGCUCAAAAUAGCUUAUAUAUAUUUUCUUAAAACUUCUAUCUAUUUAAUAAAUUUCAAGAAGUGUCAUUAUAUGUCAUUUUAUUGCUUUAUGUGACUGAACUUAUGAAUGAUGCAGUUAACUGUAAUUAAUUGUUGAUACUGUAUUCAACUUUUUGAAUGACUUGAUUGGAUAUUCUCCCAUGAUGUAGCAACUUAUAUAUACAAGACAAUAAUGACUAAAAUAAUUAGAUUU